GCGUUGCCAAAAUACCAUGUCGUAACAUCGCGAGAAAAAUCGAGAAACCCCGAGAGCAGAGGCUUGCACAUGCGCUACAGCUGGAGUCCGGCAUGCGAAGGGUCGAGCCAGAAGAACUGGACAAAAAUCUUACAAUAUUUCCGCAAGUUUCGUCGCCUUUCCUGCAUCUAAGGACCUGAAAACAAUGGAAGAAGGUAAAGAGGACGUCGUGUCAGCGGUAGAAGAAGGGACAGAAGAAGAAGAAAGGAAGGUAGACCCCGUAGAAGAUGCCAAAAGUUUGGAUGAUUUUUUCGCCAAAAAAGACAAAUCGAAAGGCAAAGGGAAGAAGAAGAAAGGGAAAAUCAGCACAGACGUUCUUGCAAAGGAGCUAGAAGGACCCGGCAAGAAAAAGGCAGCAAAGAAGAAGAAAGAGAAGGGAGAGAAGACGGAUAAGGGACCCAGUAAGGAAGGAUCACCGACAGAAGAGGAUGCGGACUGGAUACAAAUAGAAGAGCCUGAGGAGAAAGACUACAGCGGACUCAGGAUAGCAUCCCUGAACAUCAGUGAACAGAGGCAGGAAGAGCAGGAGGCAACUCCAGAGGAGGAACAGGAGUAUGAUGAAGCCGGAGAGCCGCUCCCUCCGAGGGAGUCUGCUCAAGGACCCUGGAGGAUGCCAGCAGCAGGGGAGCAACCCAGCACAGUAGCAGAGCCACCACCAGAGCCAGCCCCUGCACCUGCCCCGGUCGCCGCCGCUGCGGGCGCCGCUCCCAGCAAGUACAUCCCUCCCAGCCUGCGUGCCGCCAUGGCCGCGCAGGAGUCCCGGGCCACGCCGAGCUGGUCGGGCAGGCAGAGAGGCUCCCGCGCCCCGCCGGAGAUCACUAGCGAACAACACUUCCCCUCACUGGCCGCGUCUUUGCAGGAUAAACCACCUGGAAUGGGACAAAGGAGAGCAGCGGAAGAAAACCGACAGUUCUCUACGGUGACGCGAGGAGCGCGGGGGGUGGGCGGUCCGGAGAAGAACGCACCCCUAGAGACACAGAACCCCUACGCCGCCCUCAGUAGACGAUAAUACAACAGCAAUAAAUUUAGAUAGUUCGUAGGGCUCAAAACUAACCAUGCUCCGGUGGCCUGUGGGCUGGAACAACUGACGUUCUGCUGGUCUAUCCUCGUAGUUUGGUCACUAUGUGGCUGCAGUAAAAUCAAAACUAGAAGGGAGUUUGCCAGUUGUCUUGUCCAGUAUUGGGUUGGGUUUGGCUGAACCUGGUUGGGGUUUUGGUCCCUCAAAACUGAACUCAACCUGUCUUCAUGAACAAACGGCCAUAUUCUGUGGUUCUUAUGAACACUAACAGCCAAAAUAUAAACUGUCGUGAGCAAAAUGUCCAUGUACCAUAGUCAAAAUAUUACUGAAUGGGGAGAACUGUAAUACAUGUGUCAGAAAUAGCCAUGUAUUAUUGCGUGCUGCAGCCAUUUUAUGUCAUAUUAUUUGUAACCAGCUAGUUUAUCUACAACUUUAUUUUCCACAGAAUUGAAUACAAUAGCAUUCAUGUUUUCUUUUUACAUAGUGGACAUACUGGAAGGCCAUUUUACAGAUACCUUUCUGCAAGGAGCUAAAGAUAAAAUUUUAACCUCCUUGCUUUAUAUUAGGAAGAAUGGAGAAUUAUGGGGGGGAGGGGAAGCAAGUCAUUGCCACUGCAACAUAGACACAGUACGCCUCCUACACAUUCGUGUGUUCAUGGCAAUGUGUCGCUAACCCCCCGCAUUAUACAUAAUUCUGUUGUCGAUGAAAUGUCCUGAUUUGAAUAUCUGUUAGAUAUUAAGUCAGGGAAGGGGAUCCCAUGUAGUUGGUUGUUUGACAUAUGUCAUGAAUCAUGUACUGUUACGGUAUCAUCUAGUGAAUCAAUUGUAAUUGACAGUUGUUGGUUGACACCUUUCGAGAGACUGUGUGCAACUCAUUUGGAUAAACAUGCCCAAGUGCUUAAUGAAAAUAAGAGAUAAUCUCCUGGCAUAUUUACCAUUGGCAUAAGAUAGUUGGCUAAGGAGUACAGCUGGCCAAAGGGAGUCAUCAGCCUCCGGUAGCCAAAUACACUCCUAGGCCGUCUUCACUCCUCUGGCAGCUUUUGAUACUAUCUUAUGCUACCGUAGGAUCCGCUUGCGGAGAUUAAAUGAGAGACAAAAGAUGUCCUAGCCAAGCUAACGCAACUGUGCUCUUUUCACAGAGGCCUUACACAGAUAUAGCCAUUCUUUGUCACAGUAAUGUUAAGCCACAGAUUAACCCUCACAUAGCUAAGGCCAUCUGGGCAUGCUGUUAGUUUUGAGACUAGAAUGCAGUCCCCACCGGUCCUUUCUGUAGGCUGAAAAAAUAGCAGAAAUUAGCCAAAGGAGAAUGAUUUUGCAGGAAAGUUGGCCAGCUAGGCAAAAAGAGCCACCUCUAGCUUAGGUGCAUUCCGAAUUACUACUAUGGGAGUGAGUAUAGGAGCCCCAUUAGUGAAUCGGAUGGCCCCUAGGCUCUGGCAAAACAUUAUCCAAAUUUUGCCAAUUUCUGCCUUUACUUUCAGAAAAGCCUGGUGGUGACUAUUAAAGUAGAACCCGCUUCUCAGUCUUUCCCCUAGUCCAAGCAGUACAUCCGUUUCUUAUUAUAGACUAAGAAUUGUCUCAAGAACACAUGAAUUGCUACUUCAAAUUGCCACAAAAUUUGCUACUUUAGAAGCUGGCAAAAUGCUUGUUAGACUAUAUAUAUGUUAAAAUACCAUGUGAUGGAAAGGGUUGCCUUGGAUGGAAUUGCAAUCACAGCUGCCAAAUGCUUGGGGAAAUGCUGGGAAGAGUCUUGUUCUGUACACCAGUUCUGAUCAGAAAAUUAAACAAAUAUUUGUCAUAACUUCAGCCUUAUGCUGGGUAGUUUUUGUCACUGUUCCCAAUUUUCAGAAAAUUAAACCUUACAGCCCACCUUA